AUGAUGUUCCCCAGCCUGAUCGCGCCUCCCGCCGUCUACCCGAGUCUCCUGCGGCCCACGCCGACCCUCACGCUGCCGCAGUCGCUGCAGUCCGCCUUCUCCGGCCACUCCAGCUUCCUGGUGGAAGACCUCAUCCGCAUCAGCCGGCCCGCCGCUUACCUGCCUCGCGGCGGCGGCGCCCCGCCGCCGGCCAGCCUGUCCCCACCGCCACCGCCUCUGUCGGGCGCCAGCCCCGCCCGGACGGGCCCGCCGGGACCCUCGUCGGCCGAGCCGGCCAACUCCGACGGCGCUGCGCGACGGGGCUGCUCGGCGCCCGCCUCCGCCUCGCCCGCCAGCGACGCGCCCUUCCUCAAGUUCGGCGUGCACGCCAUCCUGUCGUCGGCGCCCCGGACAGGUGAGCGCGCGGCGCCGUCGGGGGGAAGCUGAGGGAGGGAGCCUCCGCUCGGGUUGGCUCAGGGAAGGAGGCCUUGCCAAUGGGAGGAGCGGGGAGGUGCCAGGUGUGUGUGUGUAAGAGAGAGACUUGACGAGAGGGGCAGGAGCUUCCUCCUUUGCGCACCCAUUCAGGAGAGAAGGAGCUGGGGGGGACGGACACUCGUAUAGCAGUAGGGAGGAUCGCGUCACAAACCGGGUGUGGGGAGAGUUAAAAGGGGGGAGUAAUUGGAUAUUCUUCCCAGUUGUGGUAGGUAAAUCAGUAGACACGAUUCCGGGGUGGGGGGGAGAGACUGCGGUUGCUUCUUUAGCACCACCGACGUGACAAAAAAGAGAGAGAUGUCAGUUCUAGUAAUGGUUUGUCAAUGUGAUUCAUUAGUUGCACAGGAAGCUAGGUGGAGGAGGACCACUGUCCCAGCAUCCUGACAUUGUCUCUCCGGGGUUUCAGGCUUGGGAGGGCAGAGGCGUCUCUUCCGAUCCCGCUACCUGGAGAUGACAAUAACUGAACCACCGGAAACCCUUAGCAUUUUAGUGCCUGCGCUCUAACCACUAAGCCGCAGCCCCUCCUUGCCUUCAACCCGUCCUUACUAAUGUGCAUUUUCUCUGCUCUCCCCAGAAACCUCCCACGCGCUGAUGCAGAACGUCCCUCCCAAGACUUUCACUUUCCCGUAUUUCGAAGGAUCCUUCCAACCUUUCAUCAGGUCUUCUUAUUUUCCAGGUAGGUCUGGGGUCCUCCUCCUCGGCGCUCGCCCCCCCCCCCCGCCACCCACUGCUCCUUCAUUAUUGCAGGCAUCAAAAGCGAAUUAUAUCUUUCGGAGGGUCCGGGAGGUGGCGGUGGAUGGGUGGUGGUUGGGGGAGGGGGGAGGCCGUUGCUCGUCCUCCAGUUCAGAGGUUGGACGGGGUACAACAUUCAAGAAUCCGUCGCGCCAAUUUGAUGCCCUAUUUAGCACAAGCGCUGUGGCUGCUUGACAUUUUCGUUCCCAAUUUCUCUUCUCCCCCCCCCCACGCCCCUCCCCUGCUCGACAAAUUAGCUGGGAUUGUCACGGUCCGAAUGCGAGGCGGUUCAAUUCUGACACAGAGAUGCUGUCCGGCCUCCUCUUCAGGGCGGCGGUUUUCCCACAGAGCCGGUGAUCGGCAACAAAAGUUUCAGCACCAUGACCAAUUUGGUCAGCUCCCUCCGGGCAACCACACACAGACCAAGCGCUGACUCCGCCGUGCUGCUGAUAGACAUUUACCAGCCAUGGGCUAAUUUCCCUUUAAAGGUCAUUCGCUUUGCCAACGUUUUCACAAGGCCACAUGGAGCGCUCCCUUGUUUGGGAAUUCGGUGUGGCCGAAGCCAAACCCCCACCUCCAAAUCUUUUGCUCUGAGAAAGUUAUUACCUACCUCCAUCUCAAAGGGACCUCAGAAGCAGGUGGGUCUCAGGCUCUGCAGAAUCAGGCUGGGAGGCCAGGACCAAUUCACACCCUACUACCCUGAUGAUUGCCAACUUUCCUGCUACUUGAUGUUACUUGACCAUUGCAACCUCUGCCACCCAAAGUAUUAACACUCAACAUAUAGCGCCUGGCAUGAGCCGGGGAUCACCUGGUGCUACAGCAUUGCUACAGUUAGGCAGGUGGUUUGGAAAGGAGAUCAAUAGAGCCUUUUCCCAGGUAAGCUCCCCCAAGUUUUCAAAAGAAAGAGAGGCACAAAAGAAGCACCUAUAGAUACCACAUUUCCAUACUGAAGUUAUGUUCCACUGCCAGUUUGGGUUUUCAACUUUUUCUAUGGGGUGUGUAGAAUCAUACGCAGAGGAUACCUCUCCCAUUACACAUCUAUAAUCCUCUACUGGUGUCAAACUGAAAUUAAAUAUGUUUAGAAGAAUAUGCCCCAAAUUAUCACACACAGAUCUACUCCAAUCCGCUGUUGGUGUUCAACUGAUUAUUUGGAGCAUAUUCUUUUAAACAUUUUCAAGUUAGGAAUGCCUAGGCAAGUUAACUUCAAAUCUUAAUUUUGAAGCUGAGAAAAGUGACGGUUAAGAAGAAUGACUCUCAAAAAUAUCACUCUACCAACAAGCUGCUAAUAUACUUUGUACCAAAAGCCAAGAGCUCCUUCAUUCACUCUCCUGAUAAUGGAAUUUGCUUCCUUUCUCCAGCAUUUGAAUGGCCCAACAAAAACAACUUGAGCCUUAUAUAUAGCUUUUCAUGUCCAUUUAAUGAAAAUGAUUUGGGGAAAGAGAAGGCUGUGUCAUCAGUAUUCUCUCCAAGGAGCUUGGCAUGCAGUUGUGUUUAGUUUGAAAGUGUAAAUCUCUUUUGUUCCAAUAAUAUAUGGCUUUAGCUGCUUGUCCUCAGUCUUUUUCUGUUAGUUCAUUACUACACAAUUACCAUUCACGCUUCAUUAGAAUCUCUGUUUCUCUUUGGGAGUUUUUCUUUCCGCUUAAAGGCGAAACUCUGCCCUUUUUAUCAUACCAAUUCCAUUGGGAACCAGUCAAUGUGCUAAUUAGCUGUUACUUUUCAUGUCUCCAGAGUGAAUUCUGCAAGUUUUGUAAGGAAGAGGUGGGGGCAGGGGAGGAAAGAUUCAUAUAUUAAAAAGAUGAAUACUGAUUGAUCAAAACUUGCCACUUAAAAGGACUUUUUUGUUCCUGUAAGAAAAGUCCCUUAUUUUAAUCUGGGGUAAAAUAAAGUUCCUGCAAUGGGGGGGGGGGACGGACUUCUGAACAUUUAAAUACUCAGACAAGAGAGAGAGAGAGAGAGAGAGAGAGAGAGAGAGAGAGAGUUCUUACCCCCUUCCCUUUCCCCCCUUUUAAAAGUAUAUCUCUAUCUUCCUGGCCUUUUCUUUUGAAAGUUAAGAUCUUUGAAUCUGGUAACAAAACAGGCCAACUAUAGAUACAUUCACUUGGUGUAUCUAAUCAAAUCUGGUUACCAUUGGUUGAAAAGGACAGUUAAGUUAAGCGUAAACUCCCUUUCACAAAACUAGGUUCAUAGGUGCUGAUCUGCUUAAUUCAGCUGAGAGUACAGAAAGGAAAAAAGAGGUGGCAAGAAAGAGAAAGGAAAAGAGAGAAAUCUAUGGGCAUGCAAAUGAAAGGGAGAUUUGCUCCUUGACUUCAGUGGGAUGGGGAUUCUAUCUUUUGGAGCCGGACUUUUGGAACCAAGCUUGUCUUUCUUUAAAAAAAAAAAAGCAAAAAAAAAAAGUUGAUCCAGCCUGUUUCAGUGCUUUAUUUUUUCCUUUUCGCACAGCUUCAUCUGUGGUGCCUAUUCCUGGCACUUUCUCUUGGCCUCUGGCUGCCCGGGGGAAACCACGCAGAGGUAUGCUCCGCAGGGCUGUCUUCUCAGAUGUGCAGCGCAAAGCCCUGGAGAAAAUGUUCCAGAAGCAGAAGUACAUCAGCAAACCAGACAGGAAGAAACUGGCAGCCAAGCUGGGCUUGAAGGACUCCCAGGUAAACUCAUCUUCUUUUUCCCCCUAGACAAUCACAGAGAAUGUGAAGCCACAGGUUGGAAAGAGGUUGGCGGUGGCGGCGGUAGACAUUUAACUUUCACUUCUCAAAAACAAGACCUCUCCUCCUCAAAGGGAAGUGUGAGUAUAAGGGGACUUUCUGAACUGGAGCCAAAGACUUCAUCCAGAUAAUGUUGGCGGCACUUAAGACCAAUAGACAUGACCCCCUGGCUCUGUGGUAGGAGGAACUUUGAACAAUCUGAAAGUUUCUCAAUGUGGUAUUAUACUACCAUUGAUUUCAGUGAGAUGUAAUCAUGACAGUCUUUUGAUUACUGGCACUUUUGAAAAUGAACAAAUUUAUUAUGGUUAUAUCAGGCAUCCCCGAACUCAGCCCUCCAAAUGUUUUGGGACUACAACUUCCAUCAUCCUUGACCACUGGUUCUGUUAGCUAGGGGUGAUGGGAGUUGUAGUCCCAAAGCAUCUGGAGGGCUGAGUUUGCCUAUGCCUGGCAUAGCACUAUACUGUUUACCUGCAAGUAAGCCCCACUGAAAUAAAUGGGACUUAGUUUUAAGUAUGCAUGCCUGGCUACCUCUAAGUAUUAUUAUUUCUUAAAUGGGGCCAUAGAGAGUUUUGCAUGAAUAGGUUAGUCUCAUUCAAAUCAAUGCGACUAAUUUCUCAAGUUGAUCCCUGGCUUGUGUUUGGGGAGGAGAGGAAGGGGAAGUCUCAUUGUGGGAAUGUAAGGUCAUUCUGCAAGUAGACUGUCACUGUUAGGUGUCACACAAUUAGUUGCUGAAAGCAAAUAAACAAACAAAAAACACUUUAUUAUCCUUUAUUGCAUUUCUUGGUUGCUUUCCACCAGAAAAUUGUCUCAAAGCAGCUUGACAGAAUAGAAAUGAUUAUUGCAGCCCAAUGCGCAUCACCCUCAGGUUUAUUUUCACAGCCCCCUUUGAGAAUUUCAUGAGGUCUCCUCGGGCUAGUCCAACAUAUUAACUUGCAUUUCUGGCACAAGGGUGGGGGAUGAGGUAUUCGCCAAGGAGAAAACCUGAAAAUUGGUAAAAUUUGGAAGUGCUGGCUGCCACCAGAUAUAUGAGCUUUCCUGUGAGUUGCUGCCCUGAAUGCAGACCUGGAGCACCUUAGAAUGGUAGUGUCCAUUAUGCAUACUUUAGAAAAGAGAUGCAAAAACUUCUUGCAACAACGAGGCAUUAGCUCAUGAAACUUGACUUUCCCUUCUCUCCACCCCCUUGCAUCCCUCCACUAUGCCCCCCAAAUCUGCUUUGGAGGCCCCCAACCUUUAGAGCAGAUUUUGAGGGUGCACAAGGGGCUGUACGGAGGAGGGAAGGAAAGUCCCAUUGUGCAAAUGCAUGCUUCUUCUACUGCCACCACAUUGGGACAGGAUAUAACCCAUUUUGUUUUUGGACAACCCAAGUAAUUUUCAAAUAAUUGUACGACUGUUUCUUUGUGGAGUCAUCUUUGACGCUUAGUGCAGCUCACUUAGGGAGUGGCCCUUGAGGAUCUUGUGCGGGGUGGGGAGAGAUAAGGAUUCUGCUCUUCAAAUGUGUCUCCGGAUGUGUACUUGAUGGUUGGUGUUUGUCAGGUAGCCUUGAUGCUGCAAAACCUUAUUUGUGUACCCUUGAAAACUCUAGGUGAAGAUCUGGUUUCAAAACAGGAGGAUGAAGUGGAGAAACUCCAAAGAGAGAGAGCUCCUGUCAUCUGGUGGCUGCCGGGAGCAGACUUUACCCACAAAGUUCAACCCUCACCCAGAUCUCAGUGACGUAGGCAAGAAAGGUUCUGGAGAGGAGGAGGAAGAAGCAGUCUCACCCCGGUGCCCAGCCAGCCCCAGGCAUUCCUUAACAUAUCACCAGUCCACAGAUGACCCACGCCUGAGAGACAGGUUGGACUCCCACAUGCUCCCUUCCCCCACCCAUUCCAGCAGCCCCAGCAAACCGUCAGACUUCUCAGACUCUGAGGAAGAGGAUGAAGAGGGAGAGGAGGAGGAGGAAGAAGAGAUCACGGUCUCAUAG